GUAUAGUACAGUCCUCUGUGUCUUCAGUUGGUUAAAAAAACAAAACAGUUUUCAACAACGACGGCGCGUGAAAAUGUCUUUUAGUGAUAAGGAGCUGAUGGAGGACGAGAGACUCAAAGGGGGCAAGAAGAAGCAAAAGAAGGAGGAUGCUUGGAAACCGGAGGCACCAAGGGAUCCAUUUGCUAUGCUGAACUCUCUCCCAGAGACCAAGCAGCAGGAGAUCCAGAGAGCCCUGCAUCUCUUCUCCUUAGGCCCGAGCCUUCCAAAGACCCUGCAGCAGGCCAGAACACACGAGUACCGCUUCUGGGACUCACAGCCGGUCCCCAAACUGGGUGACGUUUCGGUGACUCACGGGCCAAUAGUGGAGGGCGAAGCCAGCGUGCGGGAGGAACCCUACUCCUUACCGCCGGGCUUCUCCUGGGACACGCUGGACCUCGGCAGCCCUACCGCGAUGAAGGAGCUUUGCGCCCUGCUCAACGAGAACUACGCCGACGAGGACGACAACACCAUCAGACGUGACUUCUCGCUGGAGUAUCUGCAGUGGGCCCUGCAGCCACCCGACUGGCUGCCCCGGUGGAACUGCGGCGUGCGAGUGCACAGCAACGGCAAGUUGGUCGGCUUCAUCGCCGCGCUUCCCGCCGCCGUCCGCGUGCACGAGACGGAGAAGCGGAUGGCAGAGGUCAAAUUCCUGUGCGUCCACAAGAAGCUUCGCCUCAAGCGGAUGGCUCCGGUCCUGAUCCGAGAGCUCACCAGACGGGUGAACCAGCGGGGCCUCAGCCAGGCGGUCUACUCAGCCGGAGUAGUGCUGCCCACACCUCUGAGCUCCUGCAGGUACUGGCAUCGCCCUCUGAGUCCCCGAAAGCUGACGGAGGUGAGCUACCCGGGUCUGAGACAGAACGUGAACCUGCAGAGAGCUCUCAAAUUCUACCGUUUGCCCGAGACCACAAAGACCCCGGGUCUGCGCCCUCUGACUAAAGCCGACGUGGUGGGGGUGCACUCGCUGCUGCAGGCGAACCUGCUCAAGUUUCACCUGUGCUCUGUGAUGUCUUUGCAGGAAGUGGAACACUGGCUGACACCCAGAGAGAAUGUGAUCGACACCUACGUAGUACAGGGUGAAGCUGGCACUGUGACGGACGUGGUGAGUUUCUACAGCGUCUCCUCCAGGGUGCUGAACCACCCGGUCCACGCGGGCCUGAGAGCUGCUCAUCUUCUUUACGCGGCCGGCACUGCCACAGACCCAGCUGACCUCAUGGAGGACGCGCUGAUCCUGGCUAAAUCUAAAGGUUUUGACGUCUUCUGUGCCCUCGACGUGAUGGAUAACAAGAGUUUCUUUGAGAACCUCAAGUUCAACGUCACGGACAAGAGUGUUCAUUAUUACCUGUACAACUGGAUGUGUCCUAACAUGAGGCCGGACAAGGUGGGCGUGGUGUUCCCCAGCUGACCUAAGAAGAAGGUUGAGUGUCGAGGAUAAAAAUGCCAUAGUGGUUGGCAGCAUAGUGGGCAUCAAACUUCAUCAGCACACAUUAAGAUAAAAAUACAUUAAAAGUGACAACCAGCACACUCACAAACCCAUGAAUCAAAUAAAGACAGAAUUCCAUUUGUAGAUCAGCCAUUGUCUGGAUUUCAUUUCUUUCAUUCAGCGUUUCUGUGAGAGAGAAGAUAUUUCUGUCAGAAAUCAGGAAAGGAUUAUUGCUAAGCAAAAUGUAACAAUAUGUGUAAUCAAUCCUAAACAGCGGUGG